UUUCUUCUGUCCUUUCUGCAUCGACUGGUGUUUCAAAGCCGAAAGCUUUAUGGCGUUUCUCAAAUCCUCUGCGUCUCUCUGUUUCGUCGGUUUUGUUGCUCCAUAUAUGGUUCAUAUAUGGAAGGCGUUCUUCUUUGCGAUGAAUCAAAGUUUGAACUUUUAGCGUUUCCUGCUCCGUUUAAUAAUCGCAUCUCUAAUUUCCUUCGAUUUCUUUAUUUGUUUCUGUCACCUUCAACACAAUUUUUGAAACAAGUAAAGCUUGAUCCACCGCCCGCCAGGAUCAGACGAUGAUGUCCGACCGCGUCCAUCCGGUCCAGCCGGAGCCUGUCACUGGAGCGACGCCGGAAACCCCCCGCUCGUCUGUACCCCGUUCCGGAAACGUCGAUCCCAAGCCCGGGCCGCAGCCGGGGAGCUACGUGAUCCAGGUGCCCAAAGACCUGGUCCUUCGCACGCCUCCAGAAGGCAACGCGAGGCGCGCCAAGGCCUACGCCCGCCGCGCCGCCCGGCGCCGCCGUAACUGCUGCUGCGUCCUCCUCGCCUGGCUCGCCGCCCUCCUCGUCCUCCUUGCCGCCGCCGCCGGUGUCCUCUACCUCGUGUUCCGCCCCCGCGCCCCCGACUACUCCAUCGACUCCCUCUCCAUCGCCCCCCUCAACCUCUCUGCCGCCGCCGUCUCGCCCCAGUUCAACGCCACCGUCCGCGCUGACAACCCCAACAAGAACGUCGGCAUCUACUACCGCCACGGCAGCGACAUCAAAGUGACUUACGACGGCGUCACGCUCUGCGCCGGCGCGUGGCCAGCGUUCUACCACGCGCCGCGGAAUGAGACGGUGUUCGUGGCGGUGCUGAGGGGGUCGGAUAUCCGGCUGUCAUCGGCCAACCAGCAGUCAUUACUGGCGGCGGAGGCGCAGGGGCGGCAGAUACCGCUAAGGAUCGACGCCAAGGUGCCGGUUAGGGUCAAGUUCGGGGCGGUCACGAGUUGGACGAUCACCGUGAAGGUGAAGUGCGACAUCGCAGUGGACAAGUUGACGGAGAACGCCAAGAUCGUGUCCAAGAAUUGCCAUGUGAAGGUGAAGGUCUUUAAGUUCCUUGGACUAUGAGAGACGAGAGACUUGAGACUUCUUCUUCUUCUUCCUAUUAUAUGUACAUGAACUUACGUGACGACACAGAGAUACUUAUCGUAUGUGAUCUUUUUUGAGGAUCGAGGAAUAAACUGCGUGCGUACAUACAUACAUA